AUGGUCCAGGACAUUGGAAUCGGUGAGAAAGAUGCGGCCUUCGCCGCUGGUCUCCUGAUCUCCGCCUACGCCGUGGCUGAGGCCAUCACCUCAAUGGGCUGGGGCGCCUUAUCCGAUCGCAUCGGUCGCAAGCCCGUGGUGCUGUUUGGCCUGGUCGGCGUCGCCGUCUCGAGUCUGAUUUUCGGAAUGGCAAAAACCUACUGGGUCGCGCUCCUCGCGCGCUUCGUCGGUGGCGCUCUCAACGGCAACGUCUCGGUCAUGCAGACCAUGGUGGCAGAGAUGGUGAAAAACCCAGACCAUGAGCCCAAGGCUUACGCCGUGCAGCCAUUCGUAUGGACUUUGGGUGGUAUCCUUGGCUCUGCCAUGGGAGGUUUCCUUGCCCAACCUGCCUCCCAAUACCCUACUGUCUUCUCUCAGGAUGGGGUUUUCGGUAGGUAUCCGUAUCUGCUUCCUAACCUCGUAUCCGUCGUCGCGAUUCUCCUCGCUGUUGUCCAGGGCAUAUUCUUCUUGGAAGAGACCAAAGAAGACUGGGGAGAAGACGACCACCAAUACCACGGCCGUAACAGUGUCGCCGUUGAUGACGAUGACGUCACUGACGAGACUACACCCCUGCGCCGCGCACCCAUCCGGACUUUCAACCCACGCCGCUCCAUGUCAACAAGUCACUCGAGACCUCGCUUCGCUGAGUCAAGUCUUCCUAUGCCCUUUGAGCAUGACUUUGAUCUGAGACGAUCGUCCUUUGGAACCGUCCACUCGAUCAGGGUCGUGCCCGAGGACUUGCGACAGCACCUGCUCAACUCCCGUGCGCAGGCGACAGGCCAGAAGAAGGUCAAGACCUUCAACAAGACCGUUGUUAUGCUCAUCAUAGCCUUGAUCAUCUUCUCGUAUCAUCAGAUGGCAGCCGGUACGCUGUUGCCGACGUAUCUCCAGGACGAUCGCCAACAGCCGCGGGGUCACCUCGAUCUGCAAGGAGGCUUAGGCAACGGCCUCAAGGAUGUCGGUGUUUACCUGGCCAUCAACGGUUUCUUGGGUCUUCUUAUCCAGGGGUUGAUUUUCCCCAUCUUCGUCGAGCGCGUUGGUGUCUGGGGUUCCUUCAUCGCCAUGGUCGUCAUAUACCCAACAGCGUAUCUCUUUGUGCCCUUCCUCUCAGCCCUUCCUGAAGCACUAACGGAAGCUGGCAUUUGGUUUUCCCUUAUUCUGCAGAGUUUCUACGGUGUCAUUGUCGGCCCCGUCACGCUCAUCCUGAUCAAGAACGCGACGCCGACGUCGCAAGCGCUCGGAAAGGUCAAUGGACUGGCCAUGUCUGGUGCCUGUCUCGCCAGAACCAUCUCCCCGCCCCUCGUGGGUGUCAUCUACAGUUUCAUGGGCUCCGGCGCGGCGUGGUUCAGUUGCGCUUUCUUUGCCUUUGUGGGACUCGUGCAAGUCUUCUGGGUGCCGAAGAAGCACAUUGACGUGGACCACGUUGAGAUCGGCAACGCCAUCUCCAGGCGGUUCUCCGUCACCUCGCAGAGACGUGAGAGCCACCAGAGCAUCGAGUCAUCCCGUGGCCGACGCACCAACGGUGUUGUUUAG